GCUGAUGCCCCACUCAUGAUUCACUGAUGCCCUCCUCAUUGUGUUUCAGUAUGAGGACAGUGCACGCUCAAUGACCUCACACCCAGGUGUGCCGUCCGCCCCGGCUCCAACUCAAACUUGGCACAUGAGCGAUCAAAACAAGUCGAGUGCAUCUUUAUACACAGCUCUGCCCACCAUGCCUCCACUGUCCAACCUAUAUCUGUGUCAUUGCUCUGUGGAUACUCUCACUCUCUGCGCGACAGACGACGCUUCUGAUGGUGGGACGGUUCCACUGAAGGCAUGUCCAGCCAGGAGAAAAGAUGGUUUCAGUCACGUGGAAGAGCAGAAGCUACGUACUACUGCUUCUCUCAAUCAACCUUUCCAUCCUCCCCCCUCUGCUCGUCUCUCUCCUGAUCAGGCCUGCUCGUUCUACAUCUGUCCUGACAUCACCAAAAGCCUUGCCAUCCACUGUUGGUAACACCAACACAUCAAGCGCUUCAAACACAUCUGCCACUCUUGAAACCCUGGAAGUACACACCUCCACUAUCAGCCCAACAUCCUCUGAAAAACCAAUACUAGGUACUCCUACAAUGUCUGCUUUGGACCUAACAUCCUCCAGAGACCUUUUUAUGUCUACACCCUCAAGACCUUCAAAAACUUUCAAAGCCUGUAAGAGUGGUAAUCCUGACAAAUUCCCACGAAAAUGUCCUCUUUCCAAAAGGACUCAAUACCUCAUGUCUAAAAAAAACCUUCAGUCCCACAAAGCCAAACUGCUUUCUUCCUCUAACUCAACUCUACUUCCCAAAAUGUUGCCACCUUACCCUCCAACUCAAAAUACUUUAAACAAACUCCCCUCUCCACAGUCAACACCAUCCUUUUCAAAAGCACUCUCGCCUUUGACUGAUAAAACAUGGCUGCCUUCAUUUCCCAAAGCGUCCCCCAUCCCUCUUCCUAAUUCGACGGUGCCUUCAGAAGCAGCUGCCUUUCAUCAGCCCUGGCCACUUCCACCUCCUUCAUCUCUCCCUGACACGACAAGUCCGCUGUUUGAGCACCAGCCCUUCUUUGUCACAUGGAACAUCCCUGAUCGGGUGUGUAAGAGGCACAACAUCUCAUUAGACACAUCGCCCUUUCAUGGAAUCACCACACCUGCUAAGGUCCCAGAUCAGUUCCUGUCUCUGUUCUACAUGGACCGAUUGGGUCUUUACCCACAUGUCAACCUCAAGAGUAGAAAACUGUGCAAUGGUGGCAUCCCACAAAGAGGUAAUCUGAAAGCCAGUCUGACGAAGGCCAAGGCAGAUAUUAACUACUACAUCCCAUUCAAGACAAGUCGUGGCUUGUCUGUGAUAGACUGGGAGGAAUGGCGCCCUCUAUGGGACAGAAACUGGGGCACUAAGAGAAUCUAUCAGACUUUAUCUGUGGCUCAUGUAAAGCAGGGAAACCAGUCCCUUACAGAGGAGCAAGCCACAAAGAUAGCCAAACAACAAUUCCAGGUGGCAGCAAAGAGUUUCAUGUCAGGAGUGCUGGCACUGGGCAGAGCAAUGAGACCCAAUUAUCUCUGGGGCUUCUACCUGUUUCCUAACUGCUAUAAUCAUGGCUGGGAGCAUCCCGACUAUACAGGCCAAUGCUCUGAGGAGGUGAAGAGGCAGAAUGAUGAGCUCUUCUGGCUGUGGGAGUCCAGCACUGCCCUCUUCCCCUCCGUCUACCUGCAGGUUUCACUGGCAGAUGAACCUAAAGCUGCCCUGAUGGUAAGGAAUCGUGUCCAGGAAGCUCUGAGAGUAUCAGCCCUACCCAGGCGGAGUGCCACCGCACCUGUAUUUGUUUACAUGCGACCUGUAUUUGUUGACCAACACAGACGCUUCUUAAGCCAGGGAGACUUGGUCAGCACCAUUGGUGAGAGUGCUGCAGUGGGAGCGUCUGCAGCUGUGAUGUGGGGGGCCAGUGCUGACUUCAAUGACCAGGACUCAUGUGAAGCGCUCUCAUCCUACCUCUCCUCCACCCUCAACCCUUACAUCACCAAUGUGACUCUGGCGGCCCAGCUAUGCAGCAAUUUCCUGUGUCGAGGGAACGGCCGCUGUGUUCGAAAAAACUACAACUCCAGUCACUACCUCCACCUGAACCCUGAGAAUUUCAGGGUCAUGCAUGUUCAGAACCGCUACCUGGUCCUGGGGAAACCUACCAUGACAGACCUGAAGACUUUCAGCAAGAGGUUUACAUGUCAGUGCUACGAAGGACUCAACUGCUCUCCAAGGACGUAUAGAGAGCUAGCCAAGGCUCUGAUGUUCAGUGUGAAGCAGUGGCUUUACCACAAGCCUCACACUCUGUACAAAGCCCUGUUCGAAGAGACACAACAAGACAGCUACACAAAGAACAAUGUUAAAAAGAACUUGAAAUUUUAGCUUUGGAAGACACUUUUUUGGUCCCUCUUUAAGGUUUAAUGUUAUGACUUCACAUAACAAACACAGUUAGCUGUACUGGGUGACUUAGUGUGUUAGCAACUGAUACCCAACAAGACCUCAGGACACAGGAAGCAUCACACCAUCUAAAUUAAGCUUGUAUACUGUAACCACUGACAGAAUCAACAUGUUCAAAGUCUCACCAAAGAACAAGGGUGUUAUUAGGGGAAAAACAAAUGUGGUUCUAUAUCAAGUUACCUCGGGCAAUAUUAUUCUGAUGUCAUUUAAAUAUGAUUUGACUGUGUAUGUAAAUAAAUGAGGCAGGGAGCAA